AUGCCUGAAAACAGUGCAAUGGCAUCAGCUCUUUCACCGUCACCUGGCUCCUCAGCUUUGCAGCCAUUCUCCUCCCGUUUCUGCAAGAUGCCUCCCAAGGGGAAGUCCAAGGUUCUUCCUGAGGCGACGUCACUGGAUGCUCCUCCUGCAUCCCCUGUUCCUGCUGCUCCUUCGUCUGCAAGCAAGGACAAGGGAAAGGCACCGGUGGAGGACCUCAACAAUGUGACCCUUGCUGACGCGCCUGCUAGUGAGGCUUUUCACCGCGUCCGACGUACGGCGAUUCUGCUGUUACCUGUGGCUCUCGCGCUGGAGGUGGCGUCGGUCAUCACCACCGUGCGGACGCUGAUGAAGCGGGUCUGGGCGUCUGCGCUCUCUGACGGAGCCUUCGAGUCAGCGAAGUUUCAAGAACUUCUUCCGGCGUAUGUGGCGAAGACUCGCUAUUGCCGUCUGCAAGUCUCGCUCCUGCGCAAAGAUGACAUCAUGAGCGUCAGGACCAAGGAGGUGGAUUACACACGCCCCAAUGGCAUGGUUUUCCGGCUUUACUGGCAACACACCGAUGACCCCUCUUUCGUGCGGGAACGUGCGACAAAUCCUCAGGCGAUCGAGGUGGUGAUCCGUGACGUACCUGCAACGAAGACGCCUGAGAUGCUGCGGGAGCUUAUGGUGGUUUACCAGCUGCGGAACAGGAAGCUGUCGGCGUUCAAGGAUGGCAUUUGCUUCCACCGCGUCCUGCAUCCGGUUACUGGCGCUGACACAGAUGUCAUCAAGGGAUUGGUGAUCCCUCAUCCUGGCGACAGGCACCGCUGGCCUGCUUCCCUGCCAGCUUCGCCGCUGAUCACACCCAUUCUGCUGGAUCCUGCCAUUGUGCUGAUCUCCACGGGUGGCAACUGCGAGGAAUGGCUCUGCACGCAAGUGGGGUGCGGGAAAGCGAAAGGGAGGAGCUUCAUGACAGCGGCCGAUCACAUCACGUCUGCCAACCACCUCAUCCACCUGGAGCAGCUUGGAUCAGCCACUCGUGUCUCUCUCGAGAAGGCCAGCCUCAACAUCACCAAGAAGGACUACGGGAUCUAA